AUCCCUGACGCCGCAUGUUAGCAAGAUGAGCGGAGCAGGUGCGAAAAAGAGCCCUUCCACUGGAGUGAUGGGUUGGAUCAGCUCCUCGUGUCGUUUUGUAACGGACAGAAACGAUUUUAAAAGGAAUCUUCUUGUCAACUUGGGGCUAUUUGCUGCUGGUGUUUGGGUUGCGAGAAAUCUUUCAGACUUUGACCUGAUGUCUCCUCAGCCUGUGACGUAGCGCGGCCCCGGGGCAUCAGAAUGAUGGCCUGUUGGACCAGCAAAGAAAAAAAAUGAAAAAAGAACCACAAAAGUUCAUAAAAAGUUGUACUAUUUUCCUGUUUUUUGUGUCUCUUUGAACCUGCAUGGACCACCUGUAAAGACAGCCGUCUAUUCCAACACCUGCACUUUCCAGUUGAAAGCGUUUGAAUUCCACCAUGUCUGCAGCGGAGCGCUGCGUGGCGGCAGCUCGCUGCUGUCUGCGUGUGGGCAGAAAAUCCCUCUCCACCUCCCAAAGUCUGGACCUGGCUGCUCAGGUGACCGCUGUAGAUUUAGGCUUAAAACCCGCUCUGCUUUAUGACGGCAACGGCGCCGGCGUGGAGCAGGUGCAGCGGUAUUUGAGCGACCUGCAGUCUGUCGGGCUCCUCUCCGGCUCUCUUCUCACAGUGGAGUUGGACGGAAACAGUGUCGUUAUCAAUGUGAGUGCAGUGAGUUCCCAUCUGGAGCGUGCGCUCACCGACUGCAGCGUGGCCGGGGUGGAUGUCGGCUCGUCCCUGGAGAGGCCCUUCAUGGCAGACCCCCAGACGCAGCUGAAAAGCACACUUCAACAUCUACAGCGUCUUGUUGGCGAUCUUCGCCUCCAGCAGCCUCAGCAGCCUUUUCGUGUUGGGAGCAGAUCUGCAGGGUGGAACCUGUGCACCGUGUUUGGCCUUUUAUUGGGUUACCCUGUCGUCUACUGCUUUGAUCAGACCGAGAGCUUUGAAAACUGUCUGUCCAUGACGCCGCUGACGCUGACAACAGCCUCAGUAAGGUGGCGGGCUGACGGCGCCGGUCACACGUGCUGUCUGUACUCCUUCAGUGUCCCAGCUGCUCUCCAGAAGGAAACCUGGCCCGUAAUGGAAAACUGGAAGCUUCAACUUCAAGAGAAAGUGGAGCAGCAAAGCAUCUUCAAUGAUCUGACGAUCGCUUUGUCAACCGUUACUUUACCUGCAGUCUGUUUGUGAUUCUCAUAAAAGUUCUUUUAAUAAACUGGUAUUUUACUUGAAA